AUGGUGGGCGCGAGAGGAAGACCAAGAAAGAACACAGAAAGACCAAUGAAGAACACAGAAACACAGGAAAACGAAACUGGGAAUGUGAACAAAUCAGAGUACGAAGAGUCUCGAGCUCAGAGAAUCAAAGAAAACGCCGAGAGGAUGAAAACCCUCGGCCUCUUCGACCUCUCGAAGAACCUCAAACCUCGUUCCUCCGCCUCCAAACCGCCUCGCAAAGCGAAGCCCGCGCACGCGCCUCCGAACGACCCCCCGAGGCGCUCCUCCAGGCUGAAGGACUUGCCUCCGGUGAGCUACGUUGAAAAGAAGACCCCGGCAAAGAAGACCAUGUUUGAGAACGUGGAAAUACAUAUAGAGGAAGGUGAAAACCCCGAGAUCUACAUGGAAGAACACAAGAAGUUGCUGGGGGACUCGGAGAAUGUCUGGGAGCUGUAUGUUGAUGGGUAUGACGAGGACGGGCAGCGCAUUUAUGAUCCUGUCAAUGGCAAGAGCUGUCACCAGUGCAGGCAAAAAACAUUGGGCUUUCAUACUACAUGCAGCAAAUGCGAGGCGGUCUCAGGGCAGUUCUGUGGAGAUUGCUUAUACAUGAGAUAUGGGGAGAAUGUGAAAGAAGUAAAUCAGAAUUCAGAAUGGGUCUGCCCCACAUGUCGGGGAAUAUGCAACUGCAGCCGCUGCAGAAGAGAGAAAGGAUGGAUGCCUACUGGAGCAAUCUAUAACAAGGUUUCGAAGCUUGGUUUCAAAUCCGUGGCGCAUUACCUCAUUCACACCCGCAACGAGCAUGCGGUCCAAGAGAAAGCUACUGACAAUUCAAUCUCUGCCGUCAAAUCACUUCCAGUGGGCAAUGGCAAAGAAGAAUCUGGUCCUUCACCGGGUGGCAAGAAAAAUGAAGAAGAGAAAGUUGUCAUGGAAGUGGAUAGUGAUGAAGACUACAGAGGAGACAAUUAUGAAGAUGAUGAUGGUGAUGAUGGUAGCGUUAGUGAAAAUGAUACCCAGUCAGUAAACUAA